UCCAUUUCACACUCACCCCUCCCCCUGACAUCACAGGAGGCAGAGGCGCUCCUUCGGUCCAAACUCCACUUACAAAGCCCUACAUUUUAUCUGUCAGCGAGGAGACCUGCAUGGACAAACCCGGGACUAAUACUUAUGUAUUCGUGCGAUUUAUGGCGAUGAGGGAUUCCAGAGGCUUAACGCACCUCCAAUUACCAAAGAAGGGGCUUUUAGGCUCGAUUAUUUGUUAGAAAAAGUGUGGAAAAGCAGAAGGGGAGUGCAUGUUACUCGGCGGGCUUCAUUUCCUCGAUGCUGCAGAGCAGGAGCUGGAUGACAUGAUGCUGCAGAGUCCGCUCACCUCCACGCCGUUUUCUGUCAAGGAUAUCCUCAAGCUGGAGCAGCAGCAGCAGCAGCAGCAGUCCGGGUCCCUGGAGCUGACGCACCGGGUCCACAGCCAGCAGCACUUGGCCUCCUCUCCUCCCCAGCGGCAGCAUUUCCAAACGCCGCCGUCCUGCAUGCUGGCCGGAGCCCGGGACAGCCCUUCCUUCUCGGACGGAGAAGACAACCUGGCUUACCUCAGCGCGCUGGCGGUGCGGGAGGAGGACCGCGGGGAGACCAGCCUGUCCCCGGACAUGUACGUCCAUCCCGGCCUGCAGGGAGCCAAGCUGGAGGCCGCCGAGCUGGAGGAGCAGGAGAGCAAGAAUUGCGGGCUGUUAUCCAGGGAAGAGGCAUCAGAGGGCGGGCAGGGUGACUCGGAGAGGCCGGUGCAGAAGCAGAGAAGCCGGCGGAGACCCAGGGUGCUCUUCUCCCAGGCGCAGGUCUUCGAGCUGGAGCGGCGCUUCAAGCAGCAGCGCUACCUGUCCGCCCCGGAGCGAGAGCACCUGGCGAGCACCCUCAAACUCACCUCGAACCAGGUGAAGAUCUGGUUUCAGAACCGCCGCUAUAAGUGCAAAAGGCAGCGGCAGGACAAGUCUUUGGAAGCGGCGGGGCAACACCACCCUCCGCCGCCGCGGCGCGUCGCCGUGCCGGUGCUAGUCCGUGACGGGAAGCCGUGUUUGGGCGGCGCGCAAAGUUACGCCGCCGCUGCCCCGUACGGAUCCAACCCGUACAGCUAUAACGGAUAUCCGACCUACACAUACAACAGCCCCGCUUACAACAGCAACUACAGCUGCACGUACACCAGCAUCCCCGCCCUUCCGCCGUCCAGCACCCAGAACGCUUUCAUGAACAUGAACUUGGGAAACGUGAGCGGCCUCGGCGGCUCCCCACAGCCCCAAACACACCAAGGGACAGCGGUCACGUCCUGUCAGGGCUCCCUGCAGGGCAUCCGGGCCUGGUAGCCUCACCAGAACGGAACUAGGGUCCAUUUUUACGGAGCUCUUUUACUUUUGGUCAACCCACAACCUUUUUAGACGUGUGUAUUAACCUGGUCAAAAUGUCUCAGAGCAGUAUUGGUUAUAUAAUGAAUGUGCGUUUGGAUCCACCUGUCCAAGAAUUCCAAACAGAAUGAGUGCGCGCCCCGACUGGCUGUCACACAGUGGCAUCUAAACAGCCUCAGCUUGGGUGAUUUUUUUGCGGCCCAAUAAUUGAUGGUGCUGUAGUUUGGCACCGGCAGGACUGAAGCACAAGUUUGCGCAUUUUCUUAUUAUCUGGACUCAAACAGAAGAAGAUUGGAUUUUGAAAUGUUUUGAACGUGGUAUAUGUUAGGCUAUGGAAAGACUGAACUGCAUUAACGUGUUUUUGGUUCAACAGAGAAUUGUUUUAGUCUAUUUCACAUCUAUUCAAAUAAACCGGAGAGAUUAAACAAGGUG